AUGAGCAUUCUCAAAUACGAAUGUCGUAUUUGUAUAAUUCCCAAUAUUCCAGUUGAUGCCCGUUGGGCACAGAAUGGAGUGACUGUUGCUGGAGGUCAUGGAAAAGGCAAUGCCACCAAUCAACUCAACCACCCUUUGGGUCUCUUCGUCGAUGAUGAUCAAACGAUAGUCAUUGCUGACUUCGACAAUCAUCGUAUCAUCCAAUGCAAGAUGGGUAAUAUGAACGGACAAGUAGUAGCUGGUGGCCAUGGCAAAGGAAAUCGAUUGGAUCAAUUGUAUGGUCCAACCGAUGUGUUGAUCGACAAAGAGACGGAUAGUCUCAUUAUUUGUGAUCAUAGAAAUCGACGAGUCGUUCGAUGGUCUCGUCGUAGUGGUACAACUCAAGGAGAAAUCCUCAUCAACAACAUCCGGUGUUAUGCAUUGGCCAUGGAUGAUCAGAGAUAUCUCUACAUCUCUGACAACGGAAACCAUGAAGUAAAACGAUAUCAAGCAGGAGACAAGAAUGGAACUAUUGUGGCUGGUGGCAAUGGCAAAGGUGCUGGUCUCAAUCAACUCAAUGAGCAGACCUACAUCUUUGUCGAUCAACAACAAAAUGUCUAUGUGACAGACCAGGGAAAUCAUCGUGUAAUGAAAUGGAAUAAAGGUGCAAAAGAAGGAAUUCGCGUCGCUGGAGGUCCACGCUAUGGGGAGUUUCUGCAACGAUUGUUGUAUCCUCAAGGACUGUUCGUCGAUACAUUGGGUGCCAUCUAUGUGGCAGACUUUGGGAAUCAUCGAGUGAUGUGUUGGUCUAGAGGAGAGAUACGAGGCGCUGUCAUUGUGGGUGGAAAUGGUAAAGGAAAAGGAGCAAAUCAGUUCAACUAUCCCAUACGUUUGUCCUUCGAUCGACAUGGCAAUCUCUAUGUCGUCGAUGCGUUCAACCAUCGUGUUCAACGAUUUUCAAUCGAAUAGACUCAAAACGAUGCAUUAUUUUUUUUCUUCUCCUUUCCUUUCAAAUAAAUCGCAUUGAAUUGAUGAAAUGAAUGGCUUAUUCUAUUCGCGCGCGCGCGACCAGGAACCAUCCUGAUGGAGCCGCGGCGAGCGUAACGCUCAUGCACGCACAGGACAGACUCAUAUCAUUCAUACCCUCCCCACGAGAGAUAUGUCAAUGAGUCUGAAUAAGCCUGGUCGUGUGCCACGGACACCAAGACAGUUCCUGGCCGGGCUUUUAGGGACUGCUCGGAAGUCCUUCAUAAAAGACGAAAUUCUGACCCUCAACGGACAGAACUCACCCUUCUCAAUCUGUCUCUUCCUUAUUCUCAUCUCAAAAAAAAAAAAGUACUCACUACGUUUAACGUUGAAUGAUGAUGUUGUUGAUGAUGAUAACGCUAUGAUAUUGAGGACUAAAAAGAAAAGAAAAAAAAUUAAAUUAAUGUUAUAUAAUGAAAAAGAAUCAGUUCACUUACCCCCACUAUUAUGUUUUUUCUUCACUGUUCAGUGUCUAAAAUUAAAAUAGCCAAUGCAUAAAAAAGAUCGUAGGAGGACUUACUACUCUCCAUAUGAUCUUAAAAAAAGAAAAAAAAUGAUACCUACGUUUUAUUUUAUUGUUCGAUGUUGAUUUUGAAUAAUUUUGUAUUGCCGAAGCCAACCUAAAGUAUAAAACAAAAUAAUUAUUAUUUGAUUCAAAUAAUUGAAUGACUUCUUCGAAGAAAAUCAUUCACUUUUAUACCCCUCAAAAAUUGUUUUUUUUCUUGAGCGAGAAAAUAUUCAUUAUUUUUCUUCUCGUCGGAAAAUAAUCAGACGUCAAGUUUGAUUAAGCUUUAAUCUAGACAUACACAUACAUUGAGAUAUAUUCGAUCACAAAUAUCUCAAUGUAUGGAUGUGGAUAUAGUUUAAUUGACAUACACACUAGUUAUGAAAUGUUAUCAUUGAUCAUCAGUGACAACAUGAACGUUGUCGUAUGGACGAGAAAAGGAAAAAAGACAAUACGUCUCUUGACCUAUUUCUUUUUUCUUUUCUCUGUCUCACAUGUUCUGCUGUCGCGUCUUAUCAGAGCACAAGAAAGAAAGAAUGAAAGAAUGAAAGAAUGAAAGAAAAACAAUGAGAUGGCUCACAUGGUUAAUCGUGAGUACAAAAGAGGCAAACAUACACGCACACACAAAAUCAUAGCAUAUUCAACAAAGAAUGACAAAUAUGAAAGUUUAUUCAUUUUUAUAAUGAUUGCCAAGACAAAUAAUUCUGAUGGACCCAAACAAAAAUUUUAACGUAAUACAUCACUCAUAGUCUAAUAGAAAUUUCUCACUUCUGGUAUUUUGUAUUACUAUUAUAAGACUAAAGAAGGGUGGGUGUGGGUGUGGGUGUGGGUGUGGGUGUGGGUGUGGGUGUGGGUGUCGGUGUGGGUGUGGGUGAGGGUGUGGGUGUGGGUGUGGGUGUGGGUGUGGGUGUGGGUCUGGGUGUGGGUGUGGGUGUGGAUAUUCAUGAACUUAGCCUGACAUCCACACAUUCACACUCACCAACAUCAACACCCACAACACCCACACCUACACCCACACCCACACCCACACCCACACCCCACACCCCACACCCACCCACACCCACCCACACCCACCCACACCCACCCACACCCACACCCACCCA